AUAAAACCAGCCAUGCCAUUUCAAUUAACCCCCACCUUGUGAAUUGUGAUACACAAAUCUUCUGUACGAUUUUCUCACUAGAGUCGCUUCCUUGGCUCUGAAAAAUGGCUGAACAAAUUCCUUACGGUGUGGUUGUUAGUGUCAUAAACAGGUUGGGUUCUUUAGCUUUCAGAGAGAUUGCUAUGAUUUAUGGAGUCAAGAGUGAUAUUGAAAGGCUCAAAGACACUGCAGAAGCCAUCAAAGCUGUGCUUGUUGAUGCUGAGCAAAAGCAGCAGAAAGACCAGCUUAUCAAGCUGUGGAUUCGGAGGCUCAAGCAAGUGCUCUUUGAAGCAGAUGACUUGCUCGAUGAACUCCACACCAAAGAUCUGCUCAGUAAGAGGGAUGGAAAAGGGAAGGGAAAGGUACGUCACUUCUUUUCCUCCUCAAAUCCAGUUGCUUUUCGUCUCAAAGUUGCUCAUACGAUUAAAAAGAUCAGAGAGCAAUUUGAAGCUGUUGCAGAAGAGAUGUCUAAGUUGAAUUUAGAUAGAAGGGUUGUAGUGAUGAGUCAUGAGGAGAGUAACUGGAGGGAAACUAGUUCUUUUGUGCUUCAAGAGGACAUCAUUGGGAGGGAGGAAAGUAGAAGGGAGGUUAUUGAUUUGUUGCUGAAUACUGAUAGCACUCAAAUUGCUGCCCCAAUUGCUAUUGUUGGCAUUGGAGGUUUAGGAAAGACUGCUCUUGCCCAACUGGUGUACAAUGAUGAUGAAGUCAAGAAAUUUUUCAAUAAGAGAAUAUGGGUUUGUGUUUCUGAUGACUUUAAUGUUAAAACACUUGUUAAAAAUAUAUUAGAAUCAUCGAUUGGUCAGAAAGUGGAUGACCAACAAUUAGAACUUCUUCAGGACAAACUUCAGAAGGAUUUGAACGGCAAAAAAUAUUUGCUUGUCUUAGAUGAUGUGUGGAAUCAUGAUCACGAAAAGUGGUCACAUUUAAAAAGAUACUUGAUGUGUGGAGUUCCUGGUAGCAAGAUUUUAGUGACCACCCGUGAUCAGAUGGUGGCAAAAUACAUGGAUGUGAAUACCCCAUAUAUUUUAAAAGGUUUGACAAAUGAUAUCGAGAGCUUUGUUAAAAAGAUUGGCAUUUGGAUAGAUGGAAUAACUUCCCAAAACUUCGAGUUAAUCAGUCAAAAAAUUGUAGACAAAUGUGGAGGGGUUCCACUAGCAAUAAGAGCCUUGGGAAGUCUAUUGCAAUUAAAAACAGAGGAAACUGAGUGGGAAGAUAUCUUAGAAGGUGGCUUUUGGAAAUUAUCUGAAAGUAAUGAUCUCGUCAUGCCAAAACUACAACUAAGCUAUGAUCACUUGUCAUUUGAAUUGAGACAAUGCUUUGCUUAUUGUUCUUUGUAUCCAAAAGAUUGGACAUACAAUAAGGAUGAGUUGAUUGAGCAAUGGAUGGCGCAAGGCUACCUUGGAUGUCAAGAUGACGAAGAAUGUCUACAAGAUGUUGGUGAGCGAUAUGUUCAUAUUUUUAUAAUGAGGUCUUUCUUUCAAGAUGUUGAGAUGAAUAAAUUCGGUGAAAUAGAGUCUUUUAAAAUGCAUGACUUAAUACAUGACCUCUCACAAUCAAUUGCUAGCUCUGAUCGUUGUCUUUUUUAUGAGAGAAAUUUUUUUGAAAGCCCUGUGCAUAUCAAUUUUGCAUAUUGCUCCAAACUUUCUUUAGAUUCAUUGGAUGUAAGCAGACUGCGAACCAUUCUUCGUCUACACUGCUUUUCAAAAAGUCAUCUAUCCAAUUUAUUGAAGUUCAAACGUUUGCGUAGUUUGGAUUUCUCAGAAAUAGAUAUGACAGAUUUGCCUGACUCAAUUGGUAAAAUGAUACACCUAAGAUAUCUUGAUCUCUCUUAUUGUGGAAAAUUGACCAGGUUGCCCAAAAGUUUAAGCAAACUAGUCAAUUUACAAACAUUGAAAUUGACUGGUUGCAUAAGCCUACGUGAACCUUCUUCUGUAGAUGUUAUCACAAAAUUGAUCAACUUGCGCCAUCUUCACAUAGAAGCUUGUCCAGCUUUUAUAUGUGCAAUGCCAAUUGGGUUAGAUAGAUUAACAAAUCUACAAAGAUUAAUAUAUUUUGUUGUGGGGGACCAAUCUUACACAAAGGGAAAACAUGCGAAGUUGAACGAAUUGGAAGAACUCAAUCUCAGACAUCAACUAAUUAUUGACAAUCUGGAUUUAGUAAUGGAUGUUGAAGAGUCCAGGGUUGCUCAUUUGAAAGCAAAGAAAAACUUGAAGUCAUUGACACUUCGGUAUAGUCGAAGUGACAUAAAUUGUGAUAGUGUUCAAGUAUUAGAAAACCUUUGUCCUCAUCCAAAUUUGAAACGAUUGAAAAUCACGAACUACCCUGGAGUGAAGCUGUCAAGUUGGCUUCCUUCACUUACAAAUCUUGUUGAAUUAAAUCUCUAUGGUUUUAAGAAUUGUCAAUACUUGCCACCAUUAGAAGGAUUGGUUUCUCUCAAGACUCUCGAGAUAAUGGAUAUGGAUGCAUUAGAGUACAUAUACUAUGAAGGAUGUUCCUCAUCAACUAACUUUUUCCCAUCUUUGGAGAAAUUACGCAUUUAUGAGUGUCAAAGUUUGAGGGGAUGGCAAAGGGAGGCUGAUACAAAUAAUAGAAAAGAUAAUGAGAAGCAACUUCUACUGCCUUCAUUUCCUCGUCUUUCAUAUUUAGAAAUUAGUGGUUGUUUGAAUUUGACCUGCAUGCCUACAUUUCCAAGUCUUGUGAAGUUCUUGUGUUUAGAGGACUGUAGCAUGAAGCCAUUGAUAGAGACGUUAAAGGUGAGCGCAACAGAAGAAUUACAUCCACCUCUUUCCAUCCUUGAGCAUUUAAAGAUUUAUUGCAAGGACAUAGAUUUCUUACCAGAGGAGUGGAUGCAAAAUCUAACCACUCUUAAGCGUCUUGAUAUUGGAAGACCAUCUAGUCUGGUAACUGUGUUUUGCCAUAUGCGACAUCUUCCUACUACACUUGAAGAACUCUUUAUUGGUGGCAUUGACAACCAUAAUCCAUGGAGUAGUGGAGAUGAAGAUUUUAGCUCACAGUUCCAAGUCCUUUGUUGCCUCCAUUCUCUUGGGCAUUUUGAAAUCUCCGACUGUGAUCAAAAUGUCAAGACUUUACCAGAGUGGAUCUGCCAUCUCCAAACAAUUCGAUCUAUUGCCAUUCGAUUUUGUCCAAAUUUGGAGUCAUGGCCUGAAGGAAUGCAUCGCCUUACUAAUUUACAUACGCUAUACAUCUCGAGUUCCCCACUUUUAGAAGAAAGAUGUGAGAGAGGAAGAGGUGCAGAAUGGCCCAAAAUCGCUCACGUCCCUAAUAUAUGGGUUGGUGACUGCAAGAUCUGAUUUUUCAUAUCCAUGCAGAGUUUUGUGCAGCUGGAUGGAUUUAACACAUUUCCAAAACAUUCAUAAUUGGAGUAUGCAAUGCCAAAAUGAGUGAACGCAUGUGAUGUAAAUCCCGCUCAAAUUUUAUAGGUAAUAUUUGAAGAAUACGAAAAUGAAGAUGGGAGACCUGGGACCAAAUGCCAAUCACUUGAAGAGUCAUGCUAUUUUUUUUCGUGUUUUCUUUUCUCAUAUUUAUUUUUCAUUUUAAUUGGUCUUGUUUGCUGUGUCCUUUUUAUAAUAGGGACAUAAAAGUUGUAGGAGUCAUGUUUUCUUGUAUUUGAAAGUUUCCUAGAAGUUUGUGAAAGAUCUCGUGGAAGUGGUAAAGAAUGUUAAAAUUGAGUUAGGUCAUACGAGGUUAGGUUGUCUAUUGUCUUGGAGGAGCAAUAUGUGGAAAGCCAAGUCUGAUUACUAGGUUGUUUUGUAGUUUGGACUCUUUUAAUUUUGUGAUUGCCAAUUAUAAUGAAAAUCCCCUGCUUUGUGCUUGGGGACUGGAUGUAGGACCUUUUUUGUUCGAACCAAGAUAAA